AUGCCGCUGGAUGCUGUUGAAAGCUCUGCAUAUUCCGGCCCUAUGACCGGUAAUUACGAUAUGCAGCUUGACCCUAUCCAAGCAGCUCCCUAUUCGUGGCUUCAUACCUACAAUUCCAUGCCCUGGCACGCCAACGUUGUACCGGAAUAUCAGUCGACCCAGACCACUAGCUUUCAGCCUAAUGGAUAUACAACAUGCGCUCCCCCAUCAAGUGUCCCAAGUAUGAUGCCCCAGCACGAACCGUUUAGAUUCGUUUCGGAAAGAUUUCCUCCUACAGAGGAGGCACCUACCCAGGGACCCGAAGCUCUUGGAGCAAACAGAGAUAACAACGCGGCAUCCCGAUGCGAAUGGAGAGACUGCAGCUUCCCAGGAACAUUCGCCCGCACGGGGGAUCUUAAGCGGCAUGUCAAGAAAGAACACAUCGAUACCCAAUCGCACACAUCCCGCGGUGUUCGUCCUAGAAGAGAUAAGCCUGAGCUCCCCGAAUGCGGAUGGACAGGCUGCACCUACAACAAGCGCACGUUCAGGCGUCUGCCGGAUCUCGAGCGACAUGUCUAUAAGAUGCAUAUCGAGCCCGGAAUGUACCCAUGUCUCGUUGAUGGGUGUGGCAAGGUCUAUAAUCGUUCAGAUACUUUGAAUAACCAUUACAAAAGCAGCCAUAACCCCCAAGGAUUGUCCAGUCAUUCAUCAUCCCACUGA